AUGUAUGGAUGGUACUCUUCAUCCCAGCAUCCAUCGCGGCCCCGCCCCUCACUCCGUCAGAGGCGAGGCCUUUUCGCGUCUGGCUACAUCAAAAACUUGAGACCUUUGCACACACAUACUGUGGCCUUCUUCAGUGUGACAAUGGAGCCAUCAAUAAGUACUCAAACAUUUUCGAGCAACCACACCCUAAACUCAACAGGUGUUGGUUGUCAAUGGGAGAUCGGCGACAGGUCAAGACUGUGCCGCUUCCUCUGCUAUGGCUUGGAGGGAGACAUGUACACUGCCAGAGAGGAGGGUCGUGUCAGCAUGGACAACGCUGAAACCCUGCUCUCCCUGCUUCAGGAGGGCCAAGGUGCCGAGGUGGUGGAAGAGAUAAAACGAUUUGCGAAAGAUGAGCGAGCUGUCAGACUCGGGCCCUCCUUUUUUGCCCUGGCUCUGUGCUCCCAGCACUCUGAGCUGAAGACCAGACAGGCGGCGUUCAAAGCCCUGAAGGAAGUUUGUCGGGACCCCGUCCAUCUCUUUUCUUUCAUCCAGUACAAGAAGGAACUGAAGGAGGGCAUGAAGUGCGGGAUUUGGGGACGUGCCCUGAGAAAAGCAGUGUCUGACUGGUACAAUGACCAAGAUGCCAUGAGUCUGGCUGCGGCCGUGACCAGAUGUAAACAGAGAGAGGGGUGGUCACACCAAGAUCUACUCAGGCUCUCCCACACCAAACCAGCUCGUGAAGCAAUUGCCUUGAUCAGCAAAUAUGUAACUAAAGGAUGGAAAGAGGUCCAGGUUUGUUACGCAGAUAAAGAGAACUCAGAGGAGGUCGCCAAAGUGCUUUCAUAUCUUGAAGUGGUGGAGAAGGUCAAGCACAGUUGUGAUGAAACGGAGGUUGUCAAUUUAAUAGAGGAACACAAACUGGAGAGGGAGCAGCUACUGACAGACCACCUGAAGUCCAAACUGGUAUGGAGAGCGUUGCUGAAGGAAAUGCCUCUCCAGUCAGUGCUAAAGAUCUUAGGUAAGAUGACGGCAAAUAAAGUUCUUGAACCAGGGACUUCAGAAACGCAAACUGUAUGCGACAGAAUCCAGAGUGAGUCGGCACUAAAGAAGGCAAAGCUCCACCCUUUCCACAUACUCUUAUCUUCUGAAAACUACAAAAGAGGCCAAGGCUAUCAGGGUAAAACAAAAUGGGAACCAGACAGCAGCAUCAUCAAAGCCAUGGACUGUGCUUUUUACAAGAGUUUUAUGAAUGUGGAUCCUGUCCGUAAACGCUUUGUGGUGGCGGUGGAUGUGAGCACAUCGCUGAGCAGCAUUGUCCCAGGAACGUCGAUCAGCACCGCCGUAGCCGCCGCAGCAAUUGCCAUGAUUUUUGCGAGGACAGAGGCAGACACACAUGUGCUAGCCUACUCCGAAGGGUUUGCGGUUCCAUGCUCUAUUUCUGCUGACAUGACUCUCGCACAAGCAACAGUGGAGCUCGUGAAGAUCCCGAGUGGGAGCACAGACUGCACUCUUCCCAUCACAUGGGCCACAGAGAACGGGAAAGCUAUAGAUGUGUUUAUCAUUCUAACCAACAACCCGCUGUGGACGUUCACUGCCAGCCCGGUGGAGUCUCUAAAGAAGCACAGACAGAUAUCAGGAGUCAAUUCCAAACUGGUGAUGUGUGGGCUGACAUCCAUUGGACACGCCAUCGCAGACACAGAAGAUAAGGGUGUACUGAGCAUCUGUGGCUUUGACCUUGGAGCUCUGUGCGUCAUUCGUAACCUAGCCCAGGAUCUGAUCUGAGAGUAUUGGGGACCAUCUCUGAAUCAUGUCAUUAGAGUCCAACAAGAAGGCACAAAGUGGACCAAUGUGGCACACUUAGCAUGUAGAGUGCCCUAAAACAGCACUAAUCCAAAAGAUGUUGACAUUUACAAUUCCGAUUUCUCUUUGUGUAUUAUGUCGCUUACAAAUUGACAAAGUGUCCAGCGGGCUGGACAACACUCCAGAAAUGUGUGUGUAUAUUUUUUUCCCCCUAAAAUUUAAAAAAGGAAGUGAUUAGACAUGAUAUGUCAUUGCAUAUCAUGCUGUCAGAGUUUUAGUGCAAACAGCACUGUGUUGUUAAGUGCUUUGAUGGUUUUUGGUGGGACAAGAAUCCUUUGAAGAAAUUCCACAUUUAUAGCAAGAUGUUUGCAGAUGAAAGAUGAGGAACAGAAGAAGAGUCAGA